AUGCAGUCCUUCUCGAGACAGAUGCGCCCGGCAGGCAAGCUGCUGAACCAGGCCGCCAGACGGUCCUACAGCGCCGCCGCCGGCCCUUACACCAAGACCAUCGACAACCUGCGCAUCAACGGCGAAACCAAGGUCCUCUUCCAGGGCUUCACCGGCAAGCAGGGAACCUUCCACGCGCAACAGGCCAUCGACUACGGCACCAAGGUCGUCGGUGGAACGAACCCCAAGAAGGCCGGCCAGGAGCACCUCGGUCUCCCCGUCUUCGGCAACGUCAGCGAGGCCGUCAAGGAGACUGGCGCUACUGCCACUGCCAUCUUCGUCCCCCCCCCUCUGGCCGCCGCCGGUAUCGAGGAGGCCAUCGCCGCCGAGAUCCCCCUCGUCGUCUGUAUUACUGAGGGUAUCCCCCAGCAUGACAUGGUCCGCAUCACCAACAUGCUCAAGACGCAAUCCAAGACCCGCCUCGUCGGCCCCAACUGCCCCGGCAUCAUCGCCCCCGGCCAGUGCAAGAUCGGUAUCAUGCCCGGCUUCAUCCACAAGCGCGGCCGCAUCGGUAUCGUCUCCCGCUCCGGCACCCUGACCUACGAGGCCGUCAACCAGACCACCCAGGCCGGCCUCGGCCAGUCCCUCGUCGUCGGCAUCGGCGGUGACCCCUUCUCCGGCACCAACUUCAUCGACUGCCUCAACGUCUUCCUCAAGGACGAGGAGACGGACGGCAUCAUCAUGAUUGGCGAGAUCGGUGGUUCCGCCGAGGAGGACGCCGCCGACUUCCUCCGCGCCAACAACACCGUCAACGGCGGCAAGCCCGUCGUCUCCUUCAUCGCCGGUAUCUCCGCGCCCCCCGGCCGCCGCAUGGGUCACGCCGGUGCCAUCGUCUCCGGCGGCAAGGGCGGUGCCGACUCCAAGAUUUCCGCCCUCAAGUCCGCCGGCGUCAUCGUCGAGCCCUCCCCCGCCGGCCUCGGCAAGGCCCUGUACGACGAGUUCGUCCGCCGCGACCUCCUGUAA